GCGCCAUGGGAAGCAUGGAGCUCGCUGAGAGCAAGUGCAAUGGGCAAGCCAGCUUGCUGGACGCUCAGCUCGAGCUCUACUGGAACUCCUUCGCCGUCAUCAAGUCCAUGGCUCUCAAGUCGGCGCUGGACCUCCGCAUCGCCGACGCCGUCCACCACUACGGCGGCGCCGCCACCCUGUCCGAGAUAGCCAGCGAGGUGGCGCUCCACCCGUCCAAGGUCCCCUGCCUACGCCGCCUCAUGCGCGUGCUCACCGUCUCCGGCGUCUUCGCCGUCGGCGCCGGUGGCGGUGGUGGUGAGGAGCCCGUCUACGAGCUGACGCCGUCGUCGCGCCUGCUCGUCGGCUCCGCGAACCUGGCCGCCAUCAUGUCCAUGAUCCUCCACCCGACCCUCGUCGUCCCCUUCCUCGGCGUCGGCGAGUGGUUCCGGCGGGAGCCGCCGGACCCGUGCUGCAUCUUCAAGCAGGCGCACGGCCAGGGCCUGUGGGAGCUCGCCGACCGCGACGCGGCGUUCGACGCGCUCAUCAACGACGGGAUGGUCUCGGACAGCCUCUUCAUCAUGGACUUCGUCGUCAAGGAGCACGGCGAGGUGUUCCGGGGGAUCGGCUCCCUGGUCGACGUCGCCGGCGGGCUCGGAGCGGCGUCGCAGGUCAUCUCGAAGGCGUUCCCGGAGAUGAAGUGCAGCGUGGUGGAUCUCGGGCACGUCGUCGCCAAGGCUCCCGGUGGCACCGACGUCGAGUACGUCGCCGGCGACAUGUUUGAGAGCGUUCCACCGGCGGACGCCGUCUUCCUCAAGUGGGUUCUUCACGACUGGGGCGACGACGAGUGCGUCAAGAUACUGAAGAACUGCAAGAAGGCCAUCCCUCCCAGGGACGCCGGAGGGAAGGUGAUAAUCAUGGACAUAGUCGUCGGAGCAGGGCCGUCGGAGCAGAAGCACAGGGAGGUGCAGGCCCUGUUCGAUAUGUACAUCAUGUUCAUCGACGGCGUCGAGAGGGACGAGCGGGAGUGGAAGAAGGUCUUCAUGGAGGCCGGAUUCAGCGGGUACAAGAUCAUGCCGGUGCUUGGCUUCCGGUCCAUCAUCGAGGUCUACCCUUGAAGAAUGAAGAAGACGAAGACGACGACGGUGGUGGUGGUGGUGGUGAUUGCAAGUUGUUAGCAUGUCGAUCUGUUUGUGUACUGUAUGAAUGCAUGAUUGUAUUUAAUGGCUGUAAUUUGUAAUAAUAAUAUGCAGGUGCGUGGAGCUGUUCUUUUUCCCAUGAAAGAUGAAAGAUUAUCUCUUUUUUUC